CCAAUCUAAGUUCAAUCCAGCCAAAAACUAGCUCACAUUGCCAACCAGCCAGCCUUUAAUAUCCCAGACAAUAACCAUUAACCACCAGCAACCUCAUUCACUCCUUUGUCUCUCUUCCUCCUCCUCCUCCUCAUCAUCAUCAUUCCAAAUAUUUAUAUAAAACCUCCAAAAAUUCAUCAACCCAAACCACACACACACACACAAAGCAAAAAUGGUGAACUUAGUUGAAGCUCAAAAGCCAUUACUCCACUUCUUAUUAAAGCUCGCCGGACUCCGGCCAACCACCGUUGAGAUAGAUCCCGGCACAGUCAUGAGCUUUUGGGUACCCAAAACCAAUCAAUACAUCAAUGAAAUCAAGAAAACCAAGAAGAAGAAGAAGAAGAAAGAUAAGCCCUCAGUUGUUCUCGUGCAUGGCUUCGCAGCUGAAGGCAUAGUGACGUGGCAAUUCCAACUCGGAGCAUUGACUAACAAGUACGACGUUUACGUGCCGGACUUGCUUUACUUCGGCGGCUCCAAAAGCUCCGGCAGUGAACGGUCGCCGGAGUUCCAGGCUCAGUGUUUGGGUUCGGCUCUAGCUCGGCUCGGCGUGGCGCGCUGCGCCGUGGUUGGGUUUAGUUAUGGUGGGAUGGUGGCGUUUAAGUUGGCCGAGAUGUGGCCAGAGCUGGUUAGCCAUCUUGUUGUGUCUGGCUCGGUGAUUGCCAUGACUGAUUCGAUGAGUGACGCCACAUUACAACGGCUCGGCUUCGCUUCUUCGGCUGAGCUCUUGUUGCCUGACUCGGUUAAAGGCCUCAAAGCUCUUCUCACUGUUGCUACUUAUAAAAAGCUUUGGUUUCCUGAUUGCAUUCACCGUGAUUAUCUUCAGGUUAUGUUUGGAAAUAGGAAGGAGAGAGCAGAGUUGUUGGAGGGAUUGGUGAUGAGUAACAAGGAUGCUGUAGUCCCUGUAUUACCACAGGGCGCUCGGCCAUGGGUGUGUCAGGGUAGGCACCCAAGUUCAAGAGCACCCUUCGGCAGCUGCAAACAGGUGUUGAGCCUAAAGAGUAGACAAUGGAUAGUUUUGUUAUUUUUAAAAAAAAUUCAAAAAUAAGAAACUGAAAAAUAUUUUUUUUUUUUAGAAAAAAAAGUUAGGGAAACUGAUUGAAAAUGUUGUAGGGAGUUAUAAUCAGUAAAUUUACCUUUAAAUUUAUGAUUAGUAAGCCAACAUUGUUCAUUGAUUUCAAAGUAUUUAACCUUAUCAUAUUGUCUGCUUCUGUAAUUAGUUUUCUGCUAAAAAAUACUCCAAUUAGUAGUGCAAUGCAAUUAGACAUUAGAUGUCAUGCAAAACCAAAAUAAAAAAUAAGCUUAUAAAAAAAGAUGU